AUGGGACGGAAAACACUUCGUAGACCACUCGUAUAUCUCACUCUACUAGCUGCCAUCAUAGUAUGGCUUCUCUCUACGCGAAUCAUCAACUGGUUUGGAUUCUCCUCCCCUCAUAACAGAUCUCAGCACAACGGAGUCCCCCAUCCGCCCUCAGAAGCUAUAUACUACUCGGCUGCCAUAGACGAUAUAUACUCCACUGAUCCCAUCUAUGGCGAUUCCUUGCCACCCGGUAACGCAUCUGGCACAUAUUCACGACAUUCAACUUCUGGUUGGGUUGGUCCGAGUUUGGAUAGGGAAGGUAUUCCAAUCCCUGCUCAAGAAUGGGAUUUGCCUGAUUUGGUUAAAAGGAAAUAUGAUCUGCAGCGUGGGAACAUGAUUGUCCUCGUUGUCGUCGAUUGGUCGCUGCGAGAUAUGGUCUUGAACUGGUUGUGCCACGUCAGAUCACUCAACAUCCACAACUACAUCCUUAUCGCUCCAGACACCCAAAUCAAAAACUAUCUCCUAUCCAUUGGCGAAUCAGUAGUCUACCACCCCGCACUAGCAACAUCCACAUCAACCCCAGAAUACGACUCGCCCCAAUUCAUAGCUAUGAUGCAUGCAAGACUGAAACUCAUCCUAUCCGUACUCCAAAUGAACAUGACGGUCGUGUCUGCUGAUGUAGAUAGUGUAUGGUUGGAUAACCCACUACCCUGGAUUUGGGAUUCGUUGAGACAAGCAUCUGAUGAAAAGGAGGUGUUUCCAUCGAAUGUGCAACGAUGUGGACCUGAUAAGGGGCCUAAAGUUGCUUGUGAUAUUAUUGCACAGUCGGAUAUGGAGAAUAGAGCACAGUUCUGUUUUGGGCUUGUUGCGUUCAAACCGACACUCGAUGUGUGGGAAAUGUUGAGCAAUGUAUCAACCAUCAUGUCCAACGAACAUAUAAACCACACUGGAAAACAACAUAAUGAUCAAGAAGUCCUAGGUCAACUCUUGACAGAAUCCACAAAAGUGAAUUGGAAUGUGCUAAACACUCAUAGAUUCCCACCUGGUCGAUCCUUCUUUGUAUCAACCGUAAAAGACUACUUGUCUGGAUCACGAAUACCACCUAUAGUUGUGCAUAAUAAUUGGAUUCUCGGCCACAAACCCAAAAUAGCUAGGUUUGAGAAAUAUGGGCUUUGGAGGGUCGGUAAUGCUGAUGAGGGGUUGUGUUUGGAUAGUGGAUUGCCAUCCAAACCACCACCACUUGUUGUAAAUAAAGUAGUAACAGCAGUAGAGCCACCAGCCCAAAAACUACGUAUAAUCAUCCUAUGUAAUGGUAAUUUACCUGGCCUAGUAUCUGCCAUAGAGAGUCUAGCCAAGACUCAUUGGGGUACACCCACUCCAUCAGUAGACCUAGACCUCGUGAUGAAUCCAACACUGAAUAAAUCCACCAUCAAGUCGUAUGUAUCCAAAAUCAAAAAGAUACGAUGGAAGUCCGGAGACUUUCAGUACCGAGUAGGACUCAAUUCUCAUGUUUUAGCUCAACAAUGGGCUAAUUUAUGGAAUGGGAGUAGUGAUGCUGUAUUGGUUGCUGAUGAGACGCUACGAGUAUCAUCGUCAUGGUAUGCUUGGUCUGUUAGUGCUUUGACUGCUAAAUGUGGUGAUGGUGGGAGAGAAGUUGAUCGGAGGAUUGCUUCUGUUAUACCGGUUGUUACGUCUAGUAUUGGGUAUACGCAUAUGAAGCCGUUGAGGAUACAGGAGAGGAGUACAUGGAAUCGAGUAUUCUUGAAACACCACUGGAAGCAAUUUUACCGCUGGCUCAACACACUUCCUGAAUCAUUCGUACCAGGAUUCCCAUUCGCCACAUAUCCAAUAGUAGGUCAAAUUCACGGCUCAAUAUGGGAUCGCACGUGGUCGCUCUACCACUCGACCUUUAUGGGUGAAAAGGGAUACUGGACACUCUCAUCACGACCUUCAUACUCUACAACACACGACGAAGAUGCCAACACUGAUGAAAUAUUUGCUGAACAACAGCUAUGGAACACAGUGGAGACUGAUUUAGCCACGUGUCAUCAGAUGCCAGUUGUUGAUUACUGGGCUUCUACUGUAUCGACUUCGAAUGCUUUGGCGCAUCGUGUGUACUUGGUAUGGGGAAUGUACCCGAAAGAUAGGCAACGUAUGGAUGUGCCGCAAUGGUUGGAGAGGAGUGUGUUGCUUUCUCAGAGCAAAGAGAGUGAUAAGCCGGUUGUUAAGUGGAGUAAAGCUGAACCGUAG